GUCGAGAGAGGAGAUGGCUUAGCACGGACACACAUGCAUACAUGCAGAGGUGGAGUGAGUGAAGCGCGCGACUCCUCGCCUCUCCCCGGAUCUCUGUGUGCACGAUGAGCGUGGCGCUGCAGGAUCUGCGGAACAACUUGGUCCACUACAGAGCUGAACUUUUUUUCAUCCCAGCGGCCAAAGAGGAGUAGCAGCAUUGGAAGUGCUUCUCGUUCCCAUGUUACAGUGUGCAUAAAUGUGAAUUUGGAAGGCUAAUUUUGAAGCUGAAAGAAGCACGUGGACUCUUCAUGGCCAAUUUUUCAAUGUCUAACUACAAGCGUGCAACCUUUGAGGAGGAAGAGGGGUCAGACAUUCCGGCUGAUGGAGCCAUUUCUCCUGAUAGUGUGGAGGUGGGUUUUCGGAAAGGAGGGGUCCAGUUGUGUGGUGGAUUAGGACGGAGGACUCAGCUGGAGAUUGUGUUGGCUGCUUUACUUGUGGCCUCUCUGUUGUCACUUUUUGCAUGUGCUCUAACCCUGGGAAUUCAUUACAAAAAUGAUCCAUCAUUUAGUCUGUGUCUCACAGAGGCGUGUGUGACGGUGGCUAGUAAGAUAGUGGAGUCUCUGGACCGCACAGUUGACCCGUGUCAGGAUUUCUAUCAGUAUGCAUGCGGUGGAUGGAUUCGCAAAAACCCUCUUCCUGAUGGACGAUCACGUUGGAGCACUUUCAACAGCAUCUGGGACCAGAACCAGGCCAUGCUCAAACAUCUACUGGAGAACGGCACCUUUAACUCGAGUAGCGAAGCAGAGAAAAAGGCUCAGUUCUACUACUUGUCCUGUCUGAAUGAGCAGCGCAUUGAGGAUCUGGGAGCCCAGCCACUCAUCGACCUCAUCACUAAGACAGGAGGUUGGAACAUCACCGAACCAUGGGAAAAGGAUAACUUCAUGGAGGUCCUGAAAACUGUCUCAGGCCCAUACAGAGCCCAGCCUUUCUUCAGUGUGGGGGUCAGCGUGGACCCUAAAAACUCCAACAGCAACGUAAUUCAGGUUGAUCAAUCCGGACUCUUCCUUCCCUCUCGGGAUUAUUACCUCAAUAAGACUAAUGAGAAGGUUUUAAAGGCAUAUCUGGACUACAUGGUGGAGCUAGGCUUGUUGCUGGGAGGAGAUAAAAAGUCCACUCAGAGCCAGAUGCAGCAUAUUCUGGACUUUGAGACAGCACUCGCCAACAUCACUGUGCCUCAGGAUGAGCGCAGAGACGAGGAGAAAAUCUAUCACAAAAUCACCAUCGCCGAGCUGCAGACACUAGCACCGGCUGUGGAAUGGCUAGACUACCUGACCUCUGCACUUUCCCCCCUGGAGCUGAAUGAUACAGAGCCAGUAGUUGUGUAUGCCAAGGAAUACCUGCAGCAGGUCUCAGACCUCAUCAACAAGACUGACCGCAAUUUGCUGAAUAACUACAUGAUUUGGAAUCUGGUGCAGAAAGGAGCAUCUAGCCUCGACCAGCGCUUUGAAAAUGCCCAGGACAAAUUACUGGAGAGUCUUUAUGGCACCAAAAAGUCGUGUACUCCUCGCUGGCAGACCUGCAUUGGAAACACGGACGACACUCUGGGUUUUGCUCUGGGCGCGCUGUUUGUUAAAGCCACCUUUGACAAACACAGCAAAGAGAUUGCUGAGGGGAUGAUCAACGAGAUCCGGACUGCUUUUAAACAUACUUUAGACAACCUCAGUUGGAUGGAUGAACAGACACGACAAGCUGCUAAAGACAAGGCUGAUGCCAUUUAUGAUAUGAUCGGUUUCCCAGACUUCAUCCUAGACCCCAAGGAGCUGGACGAAGUAUAUGAUGGGUACGAAGUCUCUGAGGACAACUUUUUCCAAAAUAUGCUCAACUUCUACAACUUCUCAGCCAGGGUGAUGGCAGACCAGUUGCGCAAACCUCCAAACAAAGACCAAUGGAGUAUGACUCCUCCUACAGUAAAUGCAUACUACAUGCCCACCAAGAAUGGCAUUGUGUUUCCUGCUGGAAUCCUACAAGCUCCAUUCUAUGCCCGGGAUCACCCCAAAGCACUAAACUUUGGGGGCAUUGGUGUGGUCAUGGGACAUGAGCUUACUCACGCUUUUGAUGACCAGGGCAGAGAGUAUGAUAAGGAUGGGAACCUCAGGCCCUGGUGGCAGAACUCCUCAGUGGAUGCUUUUAAGAAUCGGACAGAGUGCAUGGUGGAUCAGUACACUCAGUACACCAUCAACGGAGAACACAUUAACGGCAAACAAACUCUGGGAGAGAACAUUGCAGACAAUGGAGGUUUAAAGGCUGCCUAUCAUGCAUACAGGUCAUGGGUACAGAGAAAUGGAAAAGAGAAAAGACUCCCAGCAGUCAAUCUUACCAGUGACCAGCUCUUCUUUGUGGGGUUUGCACAGGUUUGGUGUUCAGUACGGACACCAGAGAGUGCUCAUGAAGGCUUAAUGACAGACCCUCACAGUCCACCCAAGUACCGUGUCAUUGGCACACUAUCUAACUCUCCUGAAUUUGCGCAGCAUUUCCAGUGUCCACUGGGCUCACCCAUGAACUCAGGUCACCGCUGUGUGGUUUGGUAAGAGCAGAAAACCGCAGGGAAAACUGGUAUACUUUGCUUUGACCAGUCGAGCAGAUAGACUUUACCCUUUCUCAAGCACUGGACUACUUCUUCUUUACAUUUUUCUUUGUAAAAUCUGAAAUGUUGCUGGAUAUAAAUCAGAUUUUUGAUGAAUAGUGCCAGAGCCAGGAGGAUACAAAGAGCGUAUAUCAGCCAUUGUAUAUUUGUCCAGCAACUGAUGUCUCACUCCCCUUCUGCACGACCACAACAGCCCACAUGGGGCUAUACUAUUUAUUAUUUGCUGCACUUGAACUUAAGUGGGUUAUAACGACAAGGAGAAUCUUUUCUAUGUUGGUGUGGGUUUUUUGUGCUUCAGCUAUACAAGGCUCAUUCUUCUGUAAGUUUAAAUGCCAUGUGAUGUCAGAGGGAGUGCCGUAUCUCGCUUUGACCUCACAGGAAACAUUGGAUUCCGUCUGUGACCUCAAAGGAAGUGCCAUUCUGUCUCAGUAACUCCACAGGAAGAAUUAGGUAAGGGAACUGCUGAACCUCUUCUGGCUGGGAGCCCAAGGGAAGAAAGUGACAUCAUGCUUCUCUGUAUUAUGGUUUGCUAAGUGGCUAACAGCUGAUAGUUACUUGGAGGACAGCCUUCAUCCGACCUGUGUAUUAUUACCAUUCGCUUAUUUACAUAUUGACAAAGUUGAAGUGACCUGGUUGUUUGAAACUGCUUUUUGCCAAAGAAUGUUUGGGAUUUUUUUUUUCGUUCCAUGUGUUCUGUAAGAAUGUUUAGAAAAACCUUGCUUUUUUUUUUUUGUCUACAGUAAUUUAGAGGCGUGUAUGUAUGUGUGUGUGAGUGUGUGUGUGCGUGCUUGUUUAUUUUAAAGUCUGUGAACAUUUAAUGUCUAGCCUGCUUAAUCAAUUUUUUAAAACAUUUAAAACUUUUUGAGAACCACUAAAGGGAAAGUAAUGCUUCUCUGCUUGAUGCGUUUCCAGUCUUUCUUGACGAUGUUUCAGGCUGCAUGAGUGAAGAGUAUAGUGCAGUUUAGAUCAACUAAUGGAUUGCUGCUGAGUGCUAUUCCGUUUACGAUGUACAGUUUAAAUCUGCGAGCAUCUUUAGUUUUAUAGCAAAGUGCUGUUCUUUACUAUAAAAUGCCAACGAACGAGUAGAAAUUCCCUUUAAUUUGACUUACCGCUGAUUUGUCACUCUAACUGGUCUCACUCUGUGAGAUCGUUUAUACUGUAAAACAGGAUUUUGGCUGGAGCUUUGAUUUAAAGGUGCAGUUAGUAUUUUACCUAAUGUUAACCUGAAUGUUGGGUCAUAAACUAAAGAGCAACACGCAAGGAAGAAACUAUUUCGUAUACUGAUUUAUUAGAUGUUCGUGAUCCACAACAUUUGGUUUUCCAUUUAUGGAAUUGGAGCAGUGACUGCAGCAGAUAUAGGAUUAAUUACUCGAUUGCCAAAAAUCACAAACAAUUGUUGUAACUUAACCACUGACUUUACUUCUAAUUGUAUUAUGUUUAAGAAAUGCAUUGACUGACCAGCAUCUGUCUCUAGUAUGAAUGAAUGUCUCUAGUGACUCCUCCACCACCUCUUCAGUCCAAAGAAAACUGACCGUUUAUGUGUUUGAAGCUGCUGACGAACGACUUACCACCCCUUUAAGUGAAACUUUCUAGCUUCUUCACUCUUUGAAAUCUCAACGCUAUACCACUGAAUUGUUUGAUCAUGAUCAUCCGCAAGUUGUGUUUGGUACAGUAUUAGCUGUCCGAUUUCAUCCGUUGCAGAUUUCUUUCGUUCUCUGUCCUUCGUUCAAACGUAAUGCUAGGAUUGUAAAAAAAAAAAAUUAUAAUAAUUGUCUAACUGGGAGAAGUCUGAUUUCACUACACCUGCCUUACAGUGCACUUUGGCUGCACUGUCUGUGUCCUAGUGUCAACAGUUCCUAAGUCUUGUCAGCCUCAUAAUGACCAGUCUGGAAUCUCAGGCCUCUAUUUUUACCAUUGUUACAUGUUUAAUGAAACGCAUACAAAAGCAGGAAACAGGACUCUCUAUGAAUGCGAUAUUUUUUUCUUUAACACAUGAUGUCUAGGUGGGGUUUAAAUUCUUACAUUUCUAAAGAGUAAAAUACAGAGUUGCAUACUUGGUAUUGUCUAAAUGAAAACUAAAAUGGAACUUUGAAGUGCUUGAGAGUCUUUAAAAUAGACAGAAGUGGUGGUGGUGUUUUUUGUUGUUUUUUUUACCUUCAUGUGUUUUACCAACUAGUUAGAUUACAAGCUUAUUUAAAUAUUAGUUCACUGUAAUCACCAACUCACAGUGAAUAAAAGGCAGUUCCAGGCUGAGUUUUAUGUAGAGUGUCAUUGAGAUGUUGUCUAUUACCAAAUGGAUUUGAAUUCUCAUUGCUCUGAUGUCAUUUUCUUCAUUCACGUUUCUUGUCCUGUAAUUUUGUAUGUUUUUCUUGUUUUUUUUGUUGUUUGUUUAUGUUUUUUUUAUAUUGUAAUGUUCUAGCAUUAUUUAAGUCACAGAGUGUACAUUUUCUUAACUGAUAGUCUAUAUUAAAACAACAAUAAAAUGUAUGGGGUUACACUGA